AUGCAAGACACCCUUGAGGUCGAGAUCCAGGAGAUCGUCGACGCAGCACAUCGAUAUCAGCAAUGUCUUGACGUGGAAGGCACCAGUGGCGCCUCGAACGGGGUUGUCCAACCGGCGAACCUACGAGAGAGCCGUCGAGCAUUGCUGGAGACUCUUAACAAAUGGAAGCUCAUCGCUGCGGGUCCGACUGAACAGUGGGAGCAAACCACGAUCAAUUACUGUGCCGAGUCGUGUCUCAAUUGGCUCUUGCAAUUCGACAUUCCAAGGCUCGUCCCUCUGGAUGCAACAACAACUUACUCAGAGGUUGCAGAAGCCGCCGCAGUUCCAGAACAGGAGCUUCGACGGAUCAUGAGGUUUGGAAUGACCCAAGGUCUAUUUUCAGAAGCGACCCCAGGUCAGAUUGUGCACACACCAUACUCCGCCGCUUUUGCGACAAACGAGGACUAUCGGCAGGUUGUUCUUCUCCAGACUGGCUUCUUCUCACCAAUGAUGAAAUGCUUGGCCGAGGCGACCAAGGCCCACGACGCUCCAUCGAGCAUGAACACCGCGGCAUUCAAUAUUGCUAUGCAAACCGAGAAUUCCUUCUAUGCACAUGUCGCCAAAACCCCUGAGCUUACGAAACGAUUUGGCUCAGGCAUGCGUUUUUUGGCAGGUGCUGACGACACAAGUCCAAAGUUUCUUGUCGAGUAUUUUGACUGGACAGCACUGGGCAAUGCGCAUGUUGUCGAUGUUGGUGGUUCGACCGGCCACAUCAGUGCAGCACUCGCCAAAGCAUAUCCAGCAUUGACAUUCACCGUGCAGGACUUGCCACCUAUGAUCGCCAAAGCAAAUGUGUCACAGCUGUCGCCGGAUAUUUCUGGGCGGAUCGAAUUCGUGCCACACAACUUCUUCCACCCUCAGCCUGAGACUUCCCGCGAUGCUGAUGUGUUUCUGUUGAGAAUGAUCUUGAACAACUGGACCAGUUUAAAAUGCGAGGAAAUAUUGACCAACGUUGCUGCUAUCAUGAGACCUGGUGCCGUGAUGCUUCUCAACAACUUUAUGCUCCAUGAGCCAGGUACUGUGGGAAAACGCGCCGAGGCACUCGAACGUGCCCGUGAUCUUUUUCAAAUGGCUGCAAUGAAUGGCAUGGAACGAGAUCUUGAUGGUUGGAAUGAGCUAGUCGGCAAGAUCGCAGGUUUGAGGAUCAGGGAGGUUAUACGACAGCCAGGUUCCUCACAAGCAUUAAUCGUGGUUGAUAAAGAGGCGUCCUAG